UAUUCUAUGACGCACAUCCAGACACACAUCCAUUUUGAUUAAGUAUGACAUAAUAUUAUCAUUAUUGCAAAGAUUGUUCUAAUACGUUUUCUAUUGUGACUGGAAUGAGUGUACUUAAUAAAUGAGAGAGUGAGGUUAUAAUUCAAAGCAGCACUCACAGAAACAUAAAAAACUCCAAUUUAUAUCAUUCUCACUAAACUUGUUAAGCUCGUUAUCACGAUAAGAUACAGAGACCAACAGUUAACUCAGGCUUUAGUAAAUUUUAAGCACUGUGAGACGUAAAAUACUCCUAAAUUUGUAAUAUUUAAGCUUGUAAGCGAAUUGAAAACUAUGGGCGUUAAGAUAAUAGUGGGACAAAUAAUUCACUGUGUAGCUCCUUACAGCGUUGCUGUUAUUGAUAGUGGGUUUGUUAUCAUCGAUGAAUGCGGAAAGAUCGCAGCUAUAGGAAAUGCUUCCGACUUAGAAACCACAAAAAAACAACUUAAUCUGGUUGCCGAAGACACACUAUCAUUAACUAAAACCCAACUACUUCUCCCUGGCUUUAUAGACACCCACAUCCAUGCUCCUCAGUACUCCAAUGCGGGUUUGGGUUACGACAAACCCCUUCUGGAAUGGUUAGAUAACUACACCUACAACUUGGAAAAGAAAUAUCGCGACCAAAACUUUUGUGGGACAGUUUUUCAGGCCGUCGUGAGGAAGACCCUAAAUCAUGGUACCACCACGGCAUGUUACUUUGGGUCGCUUUUCUACGAAAGCAGUUUGUUGUUGGCGACAGCGGUGGCCGAACUUGGACAAAGAGCUUUCGUUGGGAAAGUAAACAUGACUAAGCUUGCCCCUGAUGAUUACGUGGAGACGCCAGAGGAAUCUAUUGAGAACACUCUGAAGUUUAUUAAAGGUGUUGCAGAUUUGGGAAAUGCUUUGGUGCAGCCAAUUAUAACGCCGAGGUUUGCUUUGAGUGUUGAUUUGGAGCAUAUGAAAAAGUUGGGAGUCAUUGCGAAGGAGCGCGAUCUUCACAUACAAACACACAUAUCUGAAAAUAAAGAUGAAGUUGAAAUGGUGGUUCAGUUGUACCACGACGUGUAUGCGAAUGUUUAUGAUAAAGCAGGGCUGUUGACUUCAAAGACGGUUUUAGCUCACGGUAUUUAUUUGAGUGAAGAAGAAAUCAAGCUUCUUAGCGAAAGGCAAACUUCGAUUGCGCAUUGUCCGGAGUCAAAUGUUAAUUUAGGGUCAGGGAUUUGCGACGUCGUAAAUUUAAGGCAAAAUGGAGUCACUGUGGGAUUAGGAACAGAUGUAGCUGGGGGUGCUUCCCCCUCCAUCAUAAAUGCAAUGAAGUCAGCAAUCAGUGCUUCCACCCAUUUGUCUUUCACAAAAGAAAAUUAUAAACCAUUGAAUUAUGAAGACGUAUUCUAUUUAGCUACACUAGGUGGAGCUAAAGCUCUUUCUUUGGACGACAAGAUUGGGAAUUUCCAAAUCGGGAAAAGUUUUGAUGCUGUAAUUGUCGACUUGGACGUGGAAAAUUCCAGUGUGGACUAUUUGUCAGACUGCACUCCGCAGGAAUUACUGCAAAAGCUGGUAUUUUUGGGAGACGACAGAAACGUGAUUAAAGUCUACGUAAAUGGCAAAAUUGUUAAAUGAGUUUUAUGAAGAAUAAAAAGGAUUUUUGAGUA